AGUCGCAGUGUUGCUGGAAAUCUAUUUGAAUUAGCCCAAGCGUAUCACAAAUUCUUUGCAAUGGCGAACUGGUAUCGGGUGGCUGUAAUAUCUGAAGCUACAGAGAGUGCGUAUAGUUUUAUUGAAGAAUUGAAAGCAUCAAAUGAUAUUAUAUGGAAAGACGUUACUACAUCUUCCGACAAGAACAGGAUCAAUGAGACAUUGAAACAACUUAAAAAUAUGGAUGCAAGAAUUUUCGUGUUAAAUUCUGAGUGGAGUUUGAGUAAACAAAUAUUAUGCGCAGCCAUUGAACUAGACUUGACAACAGGUGAAUAUGUUUGGGUAACAAGAACCAGAGAUGUCUUGGAAUGUGAUGGAAAAUUAGUUGACGAUCUUAAACACAUUUCGAUCAGUUUAGAAUGGCGUGGUGGAUCGACGCCGAUUAAUGUGACGCGUUUAAGCAGAGAAGAAUGGAAACCAUUUGAUAAAAGAAACUAUAAGAAUCGGACAUCCGACUCUAACUGGGAUAACUUUAUAUUACCAUCAAAUCUUUUUUAUGUUGUUGAGGCAAUCACACGAAUAUCACAAGCUUUUGUAAAUUUCAGGAAUGAGCAUUAUGAACUCAUUUAUGAUUUACACGGGAAAAUUAGCGCAAUGUACAUUGCUUCGAAUUUUGACAACACAACAUCUGUUAAUGGCUCAAGGAUAUUCAUUGACGAAUGGUGGGGAAAUAAAAUACACUCGAUAGCUGUUUGGGAAGCUCAUCAUAAAAACAUUUCAAUUAAAUGGCAUCAUAAUGAAAAUAUUUUUGAGGGUUUCCAGCAAAUAAGCGAUAGAAAAAAAUGUUUGAUUAAGUCCGGAGACGCUUUUUCUCCAAGGUGUCAUGAUGUAGCAGUUAUUUUGUCAAUCAUAAUAAUGGUACUACUCACAAUAAGUCUGGUGAUCGUGAGGCGCUUGCGGUUGGCAAGUAUAGCCCAAAAAGAUUUAUUUCUACUCAACGCUGUUAUAAACCACCGCAAGCAUGUGGCUUCUUCUUUAGAAGCAUACUUAGUCGAAAGACAUUUAGUUAGAGUACUACAUGAAAUCGGAAGUGGUUAUUUUGGUCGCGUUCAUUUCGCUGAACUGACGCGCCCAGGAAGUGACGCAGUGGUCGUCGCCGCCAAAGAACCCCACGAUGAAAUUACGCUCGAAGAAGAACACGAAUUUUUACACGAAGCGUCCAUUUUAGCUCUUCUGACCCAUAACCACAUCGUUCGGCUGAUAGGGAUAUGCAUCAAAGAUGGUCCUCCUAUGGUGCUGAUGGAACAUGCACUCUAUUUAGACUUGAGAAGAUAUCUUAUCGAACGUCGUCAUUUGGCGCUCAAAGAUUCAUUCUCGACGUCAAGCAGGAAAUCGUAUGAUGAUAUAUCGGACGAGUCUCUAACACGGUUUGUAAAGCAAGCGGCUGCUGCCCUGGAAUACCUGGCGUCGAGGCGUAUCGUACAUAGGGACGUGAGGGCCGCUAACUGCCUCAUCGACAAGGAACGAUCGUUGAAGCUCGCCGAUUUUGGAAUGGCCCGUCGUUUAAAUGGAAGUGACUGCGAAUAUGCUUCUAACCGCCGUGCUCUAUUCCCGGUGCUGUACAUGGCACCGGAAAGCUUAGACAUGGGCGUUUUCUCUCCGGCUUCAGACGUUUGGGCUAUGGGUGUACUCAUCCUGGAAGUUGUGAGGUUGGGCGCUCGACCGUUUGGGAGCUGGCCCGCGACGCGAGUGGUACGUCACGUGUCUAUGGGCGGCCACGCACCAUUACCACCGGAUGUUACACUGCACACGCGCAACUUAGUAAUGUCUUGUUGGAAGCGCGACCCACAAGAUCGGCCCUCUGCUGCGGAAAUUGAACACUAUCUCACCACGAAUCCUCAAGCACUAUCAGCUGCUCUAUUAUCGCCGGAUCCAUUGACUGAAAACUAA